GCUUGCCGUAGUCUGCAGCUCGGCGCGAUUGACUUGAGAAGGAAAUUUCACUUCAACUCUACACCUAAUGUUUUUAUCAUAAAAACACGGCACACAUUAACUGGAAACACUACCAGGAAAGUAAAGGAUCUGGUGGAGGAGCUUGACUGUUGGAAAUGUGCUCUUUGGCGCUGUUCCCCCCUCCACUGCCCUCAGGACACACCACCCUGUGUGAGUCCAACAACGAGCUGCUUUCAGGGGCCAGUAGUGAAGACCACCGACUCAUACAGGAUUCCAGUCUUUUGAGUCUGUAUUUCCCUCGAGAGUCCCUGAAGCUGCACAGUCGUACUGAGAGCAGCAGUAAAGCAGCUUUUCUGGACCACUCUGAGACGCUGUGGAUGAGGAGUGCAGCAGCAUGGAGAGAUGGUGGAUUCACAGGACUUCUCAAUGAAAUUACAAACUCACACACAGAAGUGCCUAAAUGGCUCUCGGUGAGUUCAGGGUGCACCCUGGCUUUGCUUCAAUGGGUCUCUUCCUUUCAUGGUUCCUUGUUUCCUCAUCUCACACUGAGUAGUGAGGACAUGAUUGCUGAAUUUUCUCAAGUUUUGAACUGGCCAGACUGUGUGGUGCGAGCCUUCGCCUGGCAUCCACAUACAGACAAAUUUGCUGUGGCCCUACUAGAUGACUCCAUUAAGAUCUACAACCCAAAAAGUGCCACAACUCCCACACUGAAGCACCGUCUACAGAGGAGCGUGGCAGCUGUUCAGUGGAAGCCACUGUGCGCGUCUGCUUUGGCUGUUGCUUGUCAGAACUGUUUGCUGGUCUGGCACGUCGACCCCUGCUCACUGUCAACCAGGCCGUCAUCUGGUUGUGCUCAAGUUUUGUCUCAUCCCGGCCACUCUCCAGUCACCUCCAUCGCCUGGUCUCCAAGUGGGUCUCUCCUCGUGUCAGCUUCACCAAUGGACACAGCAAUGAUGGUUUGGGAUGUAGCUGCAGAAAACUGUGUACCUCUCCAGCGUGUUGGAGGAGGAGGUGUCACCUUCCUGUCCUGGUCUCCUGAUGGCAGCCAUGUCCUGGCUUCUACUCCAUCUUUGUUGUUCAGGGUUUGGGAGACAAGGAUGUGGACUUGUGAGCGUUGGCCGUGUGUGAAAGGGCGCUGCCAGUCCGGAUGCUGGAGUCCAGAUGGGAGUCGACUCCUCUUCACUGUCCAGGGAGAGACUGUUAUAUAUGCCCUGACCUUCACUGAUGCACCAGGCAUACCUGCAGGUACAUCAAAAGGGCCUCAGGCAGCAGCGGUGGUGGCCGAUCUGUCAGAGACUACUUUUAACACACAGGAUGGAGAUAUCACUGUCGGUGGAGAGAUCCAGUCUUUAGCCUGGGAUCCAAAAGGAGAGAGACUUGCAGUGCUUCUUAAAGGUGAUGCACAAGCAGCAGACCGACCUCCAGUGAUCGCUGUGUUUAAAACGAGAACCAGUCCCAUUUUUGAGCUUCUUCCAUGUGGCUUUGUUCAGGGGGAGCCUGGAGCAGAGCCGAGAUUAAUGCAGUUUCACCCGAAUUUCCAGCACGGAGCCCUUCUUACUGUGUGUUGGUCCACUGGAAGGAUCACCCAUGUGCCUUUCUACUUCCUGAGUGCUGGUGUUCCACAUUUUGGCCUCAAUGGCAGUCCAUCAUUGCCACGACCCCAAGAAAGACCAUCUGACUUUGCCAAUCAGUCACUUUUUACAGAGAUGAUCUCUUGAAAGGUCCACAUGCACUAGCACAUGCACUCUCAAGUUGUUUUUGUUUCUUGUCAAUAAAUGUGUGGAAUUUCCUUGGUAAA